UUUUCGUUUUUUUUUUUUUCCUUCUUGUUUGUCGGUGCUGGGUAUCCCGUCCCUCUCUCUCUCUAUUAUUUGCAUUAAAACUUUUCAUACCUCCCUUCUCCUACCUUUUCUGUCUCAUUGUAUUUUAAAACGCAUUUAACAACAACAAACAACAGCAGCAUGGUUUCAUCGAUGGACACUUUGAAUCAGGGAGAUACCGUUCUUUUCGUAGCCCCCUCCACUGUGGAUCAGGACCUUUUCCUCAAGGCACAGUCGUCCACAAAGGAUCAAGUUGGCAGCUCAGGAUCCGUCGCAUUUGAAGUACUCGAGCGUGUGGCUGAUGCUCCAUUAGCCAAAGCAAGUUACAGCAAGAUUUACUCAAACGUUUUCUCUCCCUCUGUAUCGACUCACACAACUGACAUGCUUUCUCGUUAUCUGAAUACGCUGACACCUGGCGGUUCGAUCGAAUUACGGGAACCUGUACUCUUGGUCGAUCUCAGCAACACUGUUUGCCCGAUUACUCGCAAGCAGGACGAUCUGGUAUCUUUGUUGACUUUGGCCGGUUUUGUGGAUGUUCGAGUGGCGCAGUUGGAUCCUGUGUCUGAUGAGGAAUUGGCAGCGUUCUUCAGGCUGUGGGGAGCGACUCGUGUUGAGCAAGGUGUGAGCCGCUUGUCGGGCAAGUUUGGUGUGGCUCAUGUGGUAGCCAAAAGCCCAGCGUAUGAAAUUGGUCAGAAAAUGACUCUCAAUUUCAGAAAAAAGGCGAAUAAUGUCACUGAGGCCAAGAAAACGGCAUGGGUGAUCUCAACCGACGACGAUGUAUUGGAGGACGAUGAUGAAUUACUCGACGAAGCCGAUAAAAUCAAACCUAGCAAGGAAUCACUCAUUCGUCCCGACGAUUGUGAGAUGACCGACGGUCGACGAAAGGCGUGCAAGAACUGCACUUGUGGACGUGCAGAGGCAGAGAGCGGCAAUAACGUAGUCUCACUCGAUCUUAUGGAUGAUAUUGCGGAAGAUGAUGAAAUUGUAGAAGUGGACCCUACUCCGAAAAAGACGGGUGGCUGCGGAAGCUGUGCUCUGGGCGAUGCAUUCAGAUGUUCUACGUGUCCUUAUCUGGGCAUGCCGGCAUUCAACGCGGGCGAGAAGAUUGCGUUGGGCGGCAUGUUUGGCAAGGAUGAUAUCGAUUUCUAAAUUUCAUCUCGAGUCAAAAUUUUCCCUUGUCCCUUCAUCCUCUCUCCUAUUGUUCUGAGAUUGAAAAAAAUGCCAAUACCCAACGAGUAAAAAAAAAAAAAAAAAAAAAAAAAAAAAGCAAAA